AUGUUCUUCUCAAAACUAUCUUCUCAAGCUUUAUACUUUUUUGUCUCUACUUAUCUCCUUGCUGCUUCAGGAGUUGACGCUUUGGCAAUAUCUGAUCAUUCAAUAGGCGUCGAAAAAAGAUUGGCUACUCCUUUAAAAAUUGACUUUAAUGUUCCAAGAGAUGAUUUUAUUUUAGUAAAUGGAACAGAUGGUUUAGAAUUUUUCAAUGUUAAAGAUGAGACAAGAACAAAAAUUGAAUUUCAUGCUGAUAAAAGGUCAGUUCUGGCGCCUUUACAUAAUGAAGGAAUUUACUAUUCUACUGAUAUUUAUGUUGGCUCCAAUAGACAGCAUCUUGAAGUUGAAGUUGAUACUGGGUCUUCUGAUUUGUGGAUCCCCGCCAGUAAUGACAAAUGUAACAGCUGCAAUGAAUAUGGGUCUUUCAACCCGACUGAGUCUAAUACCUUCAAAAAUUUGAGUGAACCCUUCCACAUUUGGUAUGAAGACAAGUCGAGUGCUCUGGGUACAUUUGUCACAGAUGAUCUUGCCUUCUCUUCUGAUGGCUCCCCUACUAUAGAUGCUUUACAGUUUGCUCUCGCAAGCCAUACUAGUCAGAACCGUGGAAUUCUUGGUAUUGGUAUUGAACAACAAGAAUUUGCUUCUUCCGAAUACCCCAAUACCCCUUUUGCGUUGGCUAACCAAGGUAUUAUUGAUAAAGCUUCGUAUUCAAUCUACUUAAACAGCCAAGAUGCUACAACUGGUACUAUUUUGUUUGGUGGUAUUGAUACAGACAAAUUUGAUGGUGAUUUGGUCAAGUUGCCUUAUACCGAAGAAGUCAACAAUCGAGUAGCUCAAUAUGUGCAACUCAACUCUGUCCAGUAUGAAGAUGGCUCUACUCUUUCAAUCAAUAGUCCUGUUGUCUUAGAUAGUGGAACCACUUUUACUUAUCUUCCCAAAGACAGUUUUGAAGCAAUUGGCGAUAAGCUUGGUGGUCAAUUAGAGGGCGCCUCAAAUAACUUACAUUACUUGAUUGAUUGUGAUUUUCGUAACAAAGAGGGUCAUCUAACUUUCGAAUUUUCUGGGAUUAGCAUAAAGGUCCCCUAUUCUGACUUGGUUGCCAACCUUUAUGAUAGUAACAAUCAAUUUACUGGUCAAUGUGCUUUGGCAAUAUUUAACUUUAACGACAUAAAUAUUCUUGGAGAUAACUUUUUAAGACAUGCUUACGUUUAUUAUGAUCUCCAAGAUAAGUAUGUUGCUAUUCAGCAAGUUAAAUAUUCAAGCAGCAGCAAUAUAGAUUCUGCUUAA